AUGGAGCCUCUUAACGUUGGAACCGGCGAGUACACCACAGGAUUCGUCGGUGGUGGUGCUUCCGGAUCAGACAAGAAGGUCGGUGUCGUCGGCCUCUCCAUGUUCGACCUGCGCCGGAGAGGCAAGGUCGGCAAGCUGAGCAUGGCCGGCGUCAACGGCAAGAAGUUUCCCGCCAUAAGGGAACACUUGCAGAAGAACAUCACCGAGGUCUACAACAACCUGGACACCUCCUUCGAGUCCUUCCCCGCCAACGACGCCGUCGAACCGGACGCCUACAAGACGGCCAUCGACGCCCUCAAGCCCGGCGACGCCAUCACCAUCUUCACCCCGGACACCACCCACUUCCCCAUCGCCCUCUACGCCAUCGAGCGCGGCAUCCACGUCAUGAUCACCAAGCCCGCCACCAAGCUCCUCGCGCACCACCUGCAGCUCAUCGACGCCGCCCGCAAGCACGGCGUCUUCGUCUUUGUCGAGCACCACAAGCGCUUCGACCCGGCCUACUCGGACGCCCGCUUCAAGGCCCAGAAGCUCGGCGACUUCAACUACUUCUACAGCUACAUGUCCCAGCCCAAGUCCCAGCUCGAGACCUUCAAGGCCUGGGCGGGCGUCGACUCGGACAUCUCGUACUACCUCAACAGCCACCACGUCGACAUCUGCGACUCGAUGGUCUCGGGCGCCGGCUACGUGCCCGUCAAGGUCUCGGCCUCGGCCUCCAAGGGCGUCGCCGUGGGGCUCGGCUGCCACGCCGCCACCGAGGACACCAUCUCCCUGCUCGUCCACUGGGAGAAGCGCGGCGACCCCUCCAAGCGCGCCACGGGCGUCUACACGGCCUCGUGGACGGCGCCCCAGCGUGCCGGCGUCCACUCGAACCAGUACUUCCACUACCUCGCCCAGAACGGCGAGAUCCGCGUCGACCAGGCCAAGCGCGGCUACGACGUCGCCGACGACGCCGCCGGCCAGCUCAUGUGGUACAACCCCUUCUACAUGAAGUACGCGCCCGACGAGGACGGCAACUUUGGCGGCCAGGGCGGCUACGGCUACGUCUCCAUGGAGAAGUUUGUCGACGGCUGCCGCGCCGUCAACGCCGGCCGCCUCAAGCCCGCCGACCUCGACGCCAAGGGCCUACCGACGCUGGCCAACACCGUCGCCACGACGGCCAUCCUCGAGGCCGGCAGGAGGAGCAUCGACGAGAAUAGGGAGGUCAGGAUCGAGACCCAGGACGGCGUGUGGAAACUGGUUUGA